AGUGACUGCGCGCGCCUGUGGAGGAGCGGCGGACAGCGCGAGCGCACCAGAGCGCGUGCACACAGCGGUCAUGACGGACGAGCCCGAGAGGUCCAGAGCAGAGCCCCCGUCCCCGACCAGCUCCAGGUCCGCAGAGGAGUCCUACUCUGACGCGCCUCCUUCUCCCGCUGGAUCCACCGACCACGCGUCGCUCAUCCUCCCGGGAAUGGACGAGGACGAGCGGUUCCCGGUGUGUAUCAGGGACGCGGUGUCUCAGGUGCUGAAGGGUUAUGACUGGUCUUUAGUGCCCAUGCCUGUGCGGGUGAACGGCGCGCACAAGAGCAAGCCGCGCGUCAAGAGACCCAUGAACGCGUUUAUGGUGUGGGCUCAAGCCGCGCGCAGGAAACUGGCGGAUCAGUAUCCACACCUGCACAACGCCGAGCUCAGCAAGACCCUCGGGAAACUUUGGAGACUGCUGACGGAGAACGAAAAGAGACCGUUUGUGGAGGAAGCUGAAAGACUGCGAGUCCAGCACAAGAAAGAUCACCCGGAUUACAAAUACCAGCCGAGGCGACGGAAGAGUGUGAAGCCCGGUCAGGGCGAGUCUGAGCUGAGCCAUCACGUGUAUAAAGCUGAAGCUGGGCUGGGGCGACUGACUCCAGUCACUGAACACACAGGUCAGCCUCAUGGACCCCCGACACCCCCUACAACGCCCAAAACAGACCUCCAUCACGGAGGAAAGCAGGAUCCCAAGCAUGAAGGACGACGCCUGCAGGACAGCACGCGACAGAACAUCGACUUCAGCAACCUGGACAUCUCCGAGCUCAGCACAGACGUCAUCAGCAACAUGGAGAGCUUCGACGUGCACGAGUUCAACCAGUACUUGCCUCUGAGCGCCAGUGGCUCGUACCCUGCGAGCAGCGGGGCGUCCUGGAGCCGCAAGGGGCCCGUGGCGCCCUCAUCUCCUGGCUCUAGCGACAGGAGCCAGCACAGAGCUCACAUUAAGACUGAGCAGCUGAGCCCGAGUCACUACAGCGAGCCGUCGGCCGAGUACGGCGUGUACGGAGCUCACGCAUGCGCCGCCUCGUUCGCCAGCUCUCCGUGUGACUACACAGACUACUACAGCUACCCCUCCAGUCUCUACCAGCACCCCUACCUCCACUCCUCACGCAGGCCGUACAGCCUGUCCGUCCCACCGCCCCACAGUCCCUCUGCCAGCUGGGAUCCUCCGGUGUACAGCACGCUCUCCAGGCCCUGAGGACAUCUGUGUCUGCGGUGGAGAGCCUCUGUGAGGACUGCGCCGCUCCAGGAUCACCUCAAUAUUCAGUGCAGCCAGAGUCUAUCUGCGUUGAGC